UGGUGGCUUAUGUCAGUGAGAAGCGAUCGAGUAUUAUCAUAUGUCAUAUUACCGCCCUCAAAAGAGUUUUAAUACGUUACACAAUCUGUCGCGUCGGUGUUGUUUUCAUGUUAAGAACUAUAUAGCAUAAGCGUGCUGGCAUCUGCUGGGGGCAACUUCUCUAUAUCGUAAGCUUGAAGAAUUGGGCUUCAAUCCGGUAAAAUGUUCACAGCCCUGUUUUUACACUCUGCUCUGAUCAUCCUUCAUUUGAUGAUGGAAUUGCCAGGAACAGAGUGCCAAGCAACCUGUUUCAAAAACUCCUCUUACAUAUUUUCGAAAAGCGGAAGAGGUUGGUAUCACAACAGGGAAGUCUGUUACAGCCAGGGAGGUAACUUAGUCUCCAUCGAAACUGAAGAAGAAUGGAAGUUUAUCAAACAUGAAAUUCAAAAGCGUGGUACUUGGAAUACUAGUGCGUGGCACAUUGGUUUAUGGAAGAUAAGCGAGGUUUGGACUUGGCAGAGUGGAGAAAAACUAAAUAUUUCGAAAUGGCGAGAUUCUGAGCCAGAUGGUAACGACGAUUAUGCCGAAAUAUCCAAGAGUGGAGGUCUCUUUAAUGGUAUCUCUGAAAAUAAUGAAAAUGCCUACAUUUGCGAGAUUCCCGGAGAGUGCCAAGCAACCUGUUUCAAAAACUCCUCUUACAUAUUUUCGAAAAGCGGAAGAGAUUGGAAUAACAGUAGGCGUGUCUGUAACGACCAGGGAUUUGACUUAGUCUCCAUCGAAACUGAAGAAGAAUGGCAGUUUAUCAGUAACGAGAUUCAGAAGCGUGGUACUUGGAAUGCUAGUGCGUGGCACAUUGGUUUAUGGAAGAUAGGCGGGGUUUGGACUUGGCUGAGUGGAGAACAAUUAAACAUUUCGAAAUGGCGAGAUUCUGAGCCAGAUGGUAACGACGAUUAUGCGGAAAUAUCCAAGAAUGGAGGCCUCUUUAAUGGUAUCUCUCGGAAUGAUAAAAAUGCCUAUAUUUGCGAGAUUCCCGGAGCAUCGUCAUCGCAAUCGUCAUCGCCAACAACACCAUUGUCAUCGUUUUUAAGGACAGUCAAGGAGCUGGCAAAUGAUUCUGUGUCAAAAUUAUCCGGAAUAAACAUUACCAGAAAUGUUUCCAUAAAGGAGGCUGUAGGUGUGUUUGAAAAUUUCACCAUAAAUAUCGCGAACGUCGCAAAAGACAUGGCCAACACGGAAGAGGUUAAAACACUAAGAAAAUCCAUCUUUGAGGUGGCAGAGGCCGUCGAGAAUUUUGCUCUUAAUUAUGGAAAGCAGCACUUGAGUGGAAUGAGGCUUUCAAAAAGGAUCGUGUCCCCAAAAAUGGUUUUGGCCAUUCAAAAAGCCUAUCGCCAGAAUGCGAGUUACUUCCACUUUGAGGAACAACGAUGGCAAGCGAGAAUCGAUAUCGCUUCUUCAAAUUUUGAGGAAAAUGGAUCAUUGGUGGUGGCUUUUGUGUACAAGGAUCUGCAUGACCUACUUCUGACAGAUCAACCUAUCAGGAAUAAAACAGUCAACAAAAGGUAUAUCAACUCCAGGAUAAUGGCCAUAACUAUGGACCCCAAGCCAAAUAAAUUGGGAGAAAAUGUCAUCCUUAAGUUCAAAAACCUUAAGGUCUUGACAGCAGAGAAGCGUUGUAUGUUUUGGAGUGGCAGCAGCAAUAGGUCAGAAGGCUUUUCAGAGGAAGGAUGCCAUGUAGUUACAUCAAAAAGCAACUCAGAAGAAACAGUUUGCAGCUGCAAUCAUUUGACGCAUUUCGCCGUCUUAAUGGACUACGACGGUAGCACAAAGCUCACCGAGGAGGACGAAACAGUUCUGAAAGUUAUCACCUACGUGGGACUGAGCCUCUCCAUCGUCGGGAUACUUUUAACAUUAAUACUUUAUUCUUGCCUCACAGAUGUUCGUCAACCUCUCCCUCAAAUUCGACUGAGUGUUUCUAUGUCCCUUGGAGCUGGACAGAUCAUCUUCAUCGCCGGAAUAAACGCCACAGAAAAUAAAGCUGCCUGUGUUACAAUAGCAGCUCUGAUGCAGUAUUUCUUCAUGGCCGCUUUCUGUUGGAUGCUGAUCGAGGCAAUUUAUCUCUACUUCUUCGUUGUGAAAGUUUACAACAUCAACACCAAGAUGCACAUGUAUCACGUCAUCUCAUGGGGUCUUCCAGUGAUCAUGGUGGCCAUUUCACUUAGCAUCGUUGCCGGGAAAGAAGGGUUACAAAGCUAUACGAGUGAUAAAUAUUGCUGGCUUUCCUCGACUAACAACCUGACCUGGAUAUUCGCCGCCUUUGUGGCUUUCAUUGAAAUUCUCAACAUCUUGAUACUCGUACGCGUUAUAAAAGAGAUCACCAAUUUGGUGCAGCCAAUAGCAGAAGCCAACCAUUUUCAGCAAAUACGACUUGGCAUCAAAGCAUGCUUGGUGAUAAUUCCCCUACUGGGUGUCACGUGGCUAUUUGGUCUCCUUUUGCCUGUGCAUAAAGCUUUCGCCUACAUCUUCACCAUACUCAACUCUACUCAGGGUUUCCUGAUUUUCGCUCUACACUCCCUGCGAAACACUCAGAUCAAAGAACGAUUCAAAAGAAAGAUGAACAUCGUUUUUCUAUCUUCGAUAAAGGACACCUCCAUAAGGAAGAGCUCACAGGUCAGACCAAGUGAGAUAGACAUUGUAGGGACAGUUGAAUUGCAGUCUUGUGCUGAAUUUGAAUCGAAAUAUCGCACAACUUAGGGAACUGGAUCCAGCAAACUGGAAAUAAUAGUCAAUUACUUAGUACAAUCACUUAGUUAACAGCUAUUAGUCGGUUGUGAUCGGUCUGAGGUACGAUCUGCAGGUAAAGGUCGUUCUGUUUAUUAUUGUUUAAGCACUCAUGCAGUUGUAAAUGUCACCAGUCUUCUUCGUGAUUGUAAGUUAUAAGUUUAUUUUCUGAAUGAUCGUAUAUUUGCAGGCAAAACUCAUCGAAAUAAACCAAUCUAAAAAUUAAAAUUUUUUAUGGCUCAGUCAGUUGAUGGCUGCCCUUCAAAUAAGACUACAGGGAAAACUACUGUGAAGAUUGUUGAUAUAAUUUCGAGGAACUUUGGAGACAACUGUGAGAUUUUGUCAGUGGUUGAGCUAAGAUAUGGUUUUUAAUGGGCUUAAAUAAGUUUAUUUAGGAUAAAUACUGUACUUCCUUUAAGAGUCGCUCCUCGAUAAGAAUAUUACAAGUUUUUUAAUAAAAUAAUUGUUCUUUCUGUCGGUUAAAUUGUACCGUAACAAAUAAUACUAAUAGUAGUAGCAGCUAAAGCGGACAUUCAAAGUUGUUGCUUAAUUAAUAAAUAGAUGAAUACGUAAAUGUUUGAAUAAAUAAACAACUAAUUUUAAA